CUAAAGUUUACAGGUAGUAAAUACGAGAUAGGAAAGCAAACUUACAAUAUUCAUUUUGCCUUGUUUGGUGCAAAUACUAUGACCGGAAUUUCCAGGGGAGAAGUCGGUGAAACAAGCGGUGGCAUCACUAAGAACCCGGAGCUGGAGGCAAGGAUGAAAACAAUAGACGACGCAAAAGAAAAGUUGAAGCCAUCCCCAACACCAAAGAUACAAAAGGUUAUAUUCUUGCGGCGAGAUCACAAGGAUUUCCAGAAACACUACGAGCCAAGAGCAGUGUCACUCGGUCCUAUCCAUCAUCGUAAUGACAAGUACCAGCUCGGAGAGAAUUACAAGCUUUUAUUGACAGAUGAGUUCGUCAAAGGAAACAAAGAGAAGAUAAGCUAUUUGUAUAAGAUGAUUGGGGAGAAAAUCAAUGAACUGAAGGACUGCUUCGAGAAGGGAGUGAUUGAAGACUAUAAGGAUGAGGACCUCAUUUGGUUGUUGUUGGUGGACGGCUGCGCAAUACUACAAUACAUAGACUUCGCAGUUAACAACAACUUCGAAAUGAUGAAUAUAAAACCCGACAGCAUAGCCUUUACACAACAGGAUUUGUUUUUGCUUGAGAACCAGAUUCCCUAUCGUCUGCUCAAAUGGUUGAUGAGUUGGAGUGAGAAUGAAAGGCAGUUGAAGGAAUCAAUUGAGCGUUACAUUAAUAGGCUUGUGACGGUACCACCACUACCAGAGGCAGAGAAUCAGUCAGCAAUUUUCCGUAACACAUGCCCAAGUUCAUUAUCAUGGAGUUUCUCGCAAAGACGGAAACUGCAACGAGCAGAAAAGGAGAAGGAACAAAGCCAUCAGUCAAAGGAGAAGCAGCAAGAGGAUCACUCAUCAAUUUUCCGCCCCGCAUGCCUAAGUUCAUUGUCACGGUGUCUCUCACAAAUAUUGAAGAGGCAACAAGCCGAAAGCAAGAAAAGCUAUCAACCAAUGGAGAAGCAACAAGAACAAAGAAUAUUAAUUGAUGGAGAUGUAGAUCCCAUCCAUCUUCUUGAUCUUCUGAGGACAAGUCUCUUGGAGAAGCAUAAAAAAACCAAAGGAGAGAAACCAAAUUGGGAAACUUGGCAAUCCUAUCGCAAUGUUCAGGAGCUUCGAGCAGCAGCUAUUCAUGUGGAACGUAGUAAAAAGGAAAAUUGUCGCUUGAGCGACAUAUCGUUUACUACACUCGGUUGUUUGGGGUACCUUUGGCUUCCUCCAAUAACUGUGGAUGACUCAACAAUGCCAAAGUUCUUGAACUUGAUAGCCUACGAGAUGUGUCUAGAUUUCCAAAAUGACUUUGGGAUCACCUCUUACAUAUACUUCCUUGAUUCACUAAUCGAUGAAGCCAACGAUGUUAAGCUGCUAAGGAAAGCGGGAAUACUCUAUAAUUGCCUUGGCAGUGAUCAAGAAGUGGCUGAUGUCUUCAAUGAGAUAGGCACCGACUUGGUACCUAACAGCGAAAUAUAUAGGGAUAUCAGAUUACAAAUUCAGAAGCACUACGAGAACCAGUUUAUGACCUGGUUGGCUGAAUUCUGUCACGACCAUUUCAGCAGCCCCUGGACGUUCUUGGCUUUUGUUGGCGCAUUGUUGGCACUUGUGCUCACUAUCAUUCUGUUAAUGUAUAUUAUAUUAUAUUAUGGGCUUUAGGCCCAAUUACCUUUCUUGUAUAGCACACUUGUACUUGUACUACACUUUACUUGUACCGCACACUUACGCCUCCUAUAUAAGGCUCUGAUGUAUAUUCUCUCAUUAUGAAAUACAAUACAAUCUUCCAGUAUUUCUAACAUGGUAUCAGAGCCACUGCUCUGACCUUUUCUUAGCAGUCUUGUCUUCAUUAGUGUGGCUUUCUUUUUAACAACGCUUCCGCCAUCACACUGCCGUUGCAGCCUCUCGCCGUUGAACUUCCGACGUCAUCCAGCCGUCGUCCUUGGGUUCCGGACCUGCAGCCGCCGUCGUUAAGGAGUUUCACACUGCACAGACCACUGCUCCGCUGCAAUUAUUGCUCCGAUUACGAUUUUGAAGGUACCACUGAGAUCGUCCAGCGCCGAUCUACACACUCGUGGAAGCCUCGUC